CCCACAUUUCAUCAUCCGCCGAGGACGAAAAGCAGCGCGGCAGCCCGGGGUGCGCGAAAACAACGGUUAAAAGGUUAUUCGAUCCGCCUUUACAGCACCGUAUGAUUGGCCGGGUAGAGGUUUGUUGAUAAACAGGAGGCUGGCCGGCGAGCUAGCAACAGCUUUUUGUGUUUUAUUCCGAUUGAAAGAGCCGAAAAGGCCAAGAUGGAGUUUUAAGGCAAUGAUGCGGUAACUGCACGGCAUAGGCAUGCACCAGGCAAAGAAAAGCGUUUUGCGAGACUGCACCAUCACAACUGCUAAGCAGUUGGGCUCUGAUACCGUCCGCGGUAUAGCCGUGAGCCAACCCAUACCUCUUCUCCUUGAUAGGAGGAAGCUAACGCUAGCUACCUAGCCUGUGGCCCAUUCAUUUAGCUGUUUUUACAUCAAAGCGCACACUAUUACCUUUUCUACACUCAUACCAUCCUGUAAAAGAUGAAACCUCAAGACAUCGUCGCUGGAAAAUCCAGCUUGUGGAUCUUCGGCUACGGCUCGCUGGUCUGGAAGCCAGACUUCAAGUACAAGAGGAGCAAAGUCGGUUAUAUUAAGGGGUACAAGAGACGCUUCUGGCAUGGGGAUAACUUUCAUCGUGGAGAUGAUGAAAUGCCCGGAAGAGUGGUGACGCUCAUCGAGGAGGAUGACGUGUGCACCUGGGGUGUUGCCUUCGAGGUGACUGGCUCUCAGAUGGAGGAGUCUCUCAAGUACCUGAACGUGAGGGAGGCAGUGAGAGGUGGUUAUCUGACCCGGGCUGUCGACUUCUUUCCGCGUGGCACCAAUCAGCCACCAGUCCAGGCUCUGGUUUACAUCGCCACGCCUGACAACCCCAUUUACCUGGGGCCUGCUAGCACAGAGGAAAUCGCCUCUCAGAUCGCUGUGUGCAAGGGGAAUUCGGGGCACAACAUCGAGUACCUGCUUCGCCUGGCGGAGUUCAUGAGAGUCAGCUGUCCUGAUGUGGACGACCCUCACCUGUUCUCCAUCGAGGCAGCUCUUCUCGCCACCAUUAGACCCAUAUUAUUGGCCGCAUAGAAACCUGUAGAUCUUCUGAAAAGCAAUCAAAUAGGUCAAAACAGCAUUAAGGUUCUAAUAUAAAGUUAAUGUUGCCGUCCUUAAGGUGCGAUUUGUCAUUUUAAGUGGCUGUUCAGAUAUUUUAUUCUCCCUAUACCAAUUUAUCACUGUAAUACAUCAGUAGGUGCUGAUGUUACGGGAACAUGGUAUUUUUAGCCUGUCAACAUUUGAAGUAUGUAAUGUCAAAACAUGAGUACUGUCAGUUAUCAUUGUUUUGUGCUCAAGUAUGUUGUGCUGUGGUACAAAUGCAUGCUUGUGAUGUAUUGCCAAAUUUGUCCAGUUCUUAAGCUGUUUAUGUUGUGAAUAUGUUUGCAUGGAAUCUCAAGACACUCCCCCUUUUUUAUUUUACAAUUUGCACUAAGCAGAAUACUGUUAAGUCAUUACAGUUAUUUGCACAUUAAAACGAUCAACAAACAUGCA